AUGCAUUAUGUUCUCUGUAGUUCUUUGACUGUUGGUGCCAGUGGUAUCAAUGUACAGAAUAACAUCUUUGAUGGCUGCCUUGAUUCCAUGGCUUACUUUGCCCAAGCGAAAAAAGCAACUGAAGUUUUGGAUGAUGCUACCAAUGUUGCAUAUCUUUCCUUUGACAACAAUAAUCUUCUUGAUUCUGGCCCUUUGUUGAUAAAUGGGACAGGAAUGAAUUACUCAUUCACAUCUUCAGGUCGAGUUAAUCAAUGUCUUACUUUGUCAGGUACAUCAUCUUAUGUUCAAAUAACUGGUUUAAGACGUCUAGGCAUAAAUGAUUGGCCCUAUACUUUUGCAAUUUGGAUCUAUCCAAAAAUAAAUUCUUUUGGAACAAUUAUAUAUUUAAGCAUUGAAAUAUCUCCAACCACGCCUACCUUUUCAUGGUGUUUACCGGUUAUGGGUUUCACUUAG